GCAGUGCCACUCCUGGUUCCUCCAGUCAAUGGACUCCCACCAUUCGUGACCAUCCACGGCAAUUGUUCACUCAAUCUGUUGGCCCGACUGUGAUCAUUUCAGAUUCUCCACUGGAGACCUUCCAACUACUGUUCACACCUGAGAUGUUGGAGUACAUCGUUACUGAAACAAAUAAGUACGCAGACCAAAGUAUGACCCCAUUACAGCACGAAAAGUGGAUCCCUUUGACACUCGAAGAGCUCAAGGCCUAUAUAGGUUUUUGCAUAUUGAUGGGCGUAGUUACGCUCCCAUCAAUAGAGGAUUAUUGGAAGAAAGACACCCUUCUCCACUACUCACCUAUCGCAUCCAAGAUCUCAAGGGAUCGGUUCAGAGAUAUUCGUCGCUACCUCCAUUUCGCUGACAACACAACGCUCCCAACUCCCGGCACCCCUGGUAGUGAUCGCUUGGCAAAAGUACGUCCCCUCAUCAACAAAGUCAAUGAGCGCUGUUCGGCAGUGUACUUGUUAGACCGGGACGUGGCUGUUGAUGAGGCGAUGAUUAAGUUCCAGGGAAGAUCGUCACUCAAGCAGUACCUCCCCAACAAGCCUGUGAAGAGGGGAAUAAAGGUAUGGGUGUUAGCUGAUAGCAAGAAUGGCUACUUCCACACCAUGCAAGUCUACACUGGAAGGCAGGGCACACCAGAAAAACAUCUAGGCACCCGAGUUGUCAAAGACCUCACUACUUCGCUGAAGGGAAAAUACCACCAUGUGUACUUUGACAACUAUUUCACUUCACUAAACCUCCUCGAAGACCUGGAAAAGGAUGGGAUCUAUGCUUGUGGAACAACUCGCAGCAACCGUGUUGGUUUCCCUGUAGAUCUUAAGGAUCCAAGCCUGCCUGACAGGUAUAUAAAUGAUUAUUACAGUAAUUCUAUUACUUUAGCUUACCUUUUUCAGAGGAGAUUAUUUGAUGAGGCAGAAGGACACGGUCACAGUGACAGCCUGGAAGGACAAUAGGAUUGUCCGUGUAAUGUCCACGGCCUCUGACCCCACUGCCAGCUCCACUGUAAAUCGGCGAUGCAGGACAGGAGAGAAGAUCGCUGUACCAUGCCCUCAGUGCAUUGAAGACUACAAUCGGUUGAUGGGUGGCGUUGA